UUGAAGGAGAAGAAAACCAGACUUCAAACCAUGGCGAAGGUGACUAGAGCUGGGUCAGUAGCCCCUCCAGAUGGAGGCUGGGGCUGGAUGAUUGUAGCUGGCUGCUUUCUUGUUACCAUCUGCACCAGAGCAGUCACCAGAUGUAUCUCCAUUUUUUUUGUGGAGUUUCAGACGCACUUUGCUCAGGAUUAUUCACAAACAGCAUGGAUCCAUUCCAUUGUAGACUGCAUGACAAUGCUCUGUGCUCCACUUGGGAGUGUUGUCAGUAAUCACUUAUCCUGUCAAGUGGGGAUCAUGCUGGGCGGCUUGCUGGCAUCUACUGGUUUCAUCCUGGGCUCAUUUGCCACCAGCCUGAAGCAUCUCUACCUCACUCUGGGAGUUCUUACAGGUCUCGGAUUUGCACUUUGUUACUCUCCAGCUAUCGCCAUGGUCGGCAAGUAUUUCAGCAGGCGGAAGGCCCUCGCUUAUGGGAUUGCCAUGUCCGGCAGUGGCAUCGGUACCUUCAUCCUGGCUCCUGUCGUUCAGCUCCUUAUCGAACAGUUUUCCUGGCGAGGGGCGCUGCUCAUUCUUGGAGGGUUCGUUUUGAACCUCUGUGUCUGUGGUGCUUUGAUGCGUCCAAUUACUCUUAAAGAGGACCAUCCAAGUCCAGAGAAGAAUCGUGACCAUGGAACGCAGAGAGGAGACUGUCCGCAGGCAUCUCCCUAUUCACCUUUGACCAAAGAAUGGGCACAGAUGUGUCUCUGCGGCUCCUUGCAGCAGGAAUAUGGUUUUUUACUGAUGUCAGACUUUGUUGUGUUAGCCGUCUCCGUUCUGUUCAUGGCUUAUGGCUGCAGCCCUCUCUUUGUGUACCUGGUGCCUUAUGCUUUGAGUGUCGGAGUUAGCCACCAUCAAGCUGCGUUCCUUAUGUCCAUACUCGGGGUGAUAGACAUUGUUGGCAACAUCACAUUUGGAUGGCUUACUGAUAGAAGGUGUUUGAAGGAUUACAGAUACGUUUGCUACCUCUUUGCUGUGGCACUAGAUGGGCUGUGCUAUCUGUGUCUCCCAAUGCUCCAAAGUUUCCCCCUUCUUGUGCCUUUCUCUUGCACCUUUGGCUACUUUGAUGGAGCCUACGUUACCUUGAUCCCAGUAGUGACUGCAGAGAUAGUGGGGACCACCACUUUGUCAUCAGCACUUGGCGUGGUAUACUUCCUUCAUGCAGUGCCAUACUUGGUGAGCCCACCCAUUGCAGGAUGGCUGGUGGACACAAUGGGCAGCUAUACCGCAGCAUUCCUUCUCUGUGGAUUUGCCAUGAUAUUUAGUUCUGUACUGCUUGGCUUUGCUAGAAUUGUAAAGAGGAUGAAGAGAACGCAGCUGCGGUUCAUGGCCAAAGAAUCAGAUCCCAAGCUGCCACUAUGGACCAAUGGAUCAGUGGCCUACUCUGUAGCAAAGGAGUUAGAUCAGAAAGAUGAGGAAUCCAUGGCUACUGCGGUGACAGGUUGCAACCUCACGUGACCAGUGUGGCCUUAUCCCUGGGAAUCUUCAAGGCUGAUGGACCUGAGGCCACCAGAUUGUUCAUAUUUUGGAAGUAUUUUAUUUUGACAGAGUAUCGCCUCCCAAGAAAAUUAUUAAUACUGUUUUGCUAACAUAUUUAUAAGGAGAAAUAACCAAUAACAAAGAAAUCUGGAGUGGCCUAGAGUUUUCUCAUUCAGGAUUUGUACUCACUACAAAACUUAGCUCCCCAGAAGAGGUCAGGACAUAGUUGAUGGAAUUAGCAGUAUUUUAGGGUAACUCCAAGGCACAACCAAAGCACUAGUCACCACCAGGCAACAGUUUUGUCGUCACAAAGUCCUUGUCCCUCUGUCUUUCUUCUCAUUCUUAACGGAAGCACUGGGUGUGCUGGUGGAGGGUGAAGAUACAGAGCUGGCUUCAGGGCAGAGUGCCCCGAUUUUUAAAUAGAGUGGCAAAGGAGCAUUUGAGACUCUUUGAAAGGCAAUGGUUAAUGUAUCACAGAUUGUCUUUUGUUAGUUUCCCAAACAACCCUUGGCUCUUCCAAUGGGUAGACAUCACUUUGAGUGUCUGAAUAAUCAUGAAACACCACGGUUGGAGUGGAUUGGAAAGGGUUGGCUGGUAGUGUAUUUCAUUUGAAACUAGCUGAAACAGGAAACUCUAUGCUCUGGCUGUCCCUGCCAUUCACCUCUGUCACCACCCCAUACUUACUCUAAAUUUAACACAACUCAAUGAGUGAUGGAGCAACUUCUCCAUCUUUUCUGAAAUGUUAGGAAUACCCCCAGGAAUCCCACCUUGAAUCUGAACUGUAGACACAUUCCUGUUAGGAAUAGAAGAAUGUUGAUACUAUUCCAAUUGAGCAAGAAUUGAAUUCUUGAAUCAGCAGGGUAUCUGGUGGGAGUUUUCUUUGCAAACUAGUCAUUAGAUUCAUCAUUGUCCAAAAGAGGGCUUGGGGGUUUUCUUAUCAUAGUGAUGUUCUAAAAAUUGGAUUCUGUGCUCGUUCUGUUCAUUUUUGGAUCAUAAUUAUAAACCUGACUCAUCAGCUUAGAAGGGUCUGUUCAUUCUAAAAAAAACUCAACUUUUCUGUGACUUGGAAUUGUUUCUGAAUUUUCAGAUUGGAGAAGAGGACAUGGAGAAAACAGAGGAAGAGCAGGGCCCCCAAUUCAUCUCCAGCUGUUUCAAAUCCAUAGAAUUAAGAGUCCCGAAUGCCCAAUCAUGUCACAUCUGCAAAGAAGCCAAGUUAUGUAACUAAAAGGGGAAUCGUAAUCAUUCAGGAGUUUAAAUCCAAGUCACAUGGAAACAUUUUGAUCUCAAAGGCCAUUUAACCUACUGUCCCCAAGAGGCCUCAGAGUGGCUUUUGCCAGACAUGAUGCUGGGAGAAAUAACAAAGCAUUGAGGGAAGUCUGAGGAUGGCGAAGACCUUGUUUGAACUGGAGAAUGUUUGUGUUGCUAUAUUGCUUUCAUAAUGGGAUACCAGCUUGAUUUGACGGAGAAAAUGAUACUACUUCUUUGUAGCUUUUCAUAGAGAAUUUGAAUGUUCUGUCUUUACUCAUCCUGUGACUUUAGUUUUUGAAUCCAUUCACUUUGUCAUUUGCAAUUUUAAGAAUAUUUUAGGUAUAUCAGUAGAAUUCAAAGUUAAAAUGAAAUACUUGUUUUGGAAUAGCACUUUACCUUAAAUGUCAUUUUUUCAUCUUAAAAAUGAUUUCUUUAAAAAAUAUAAGUGCUCUUAUUCAUACGUUUUUCAAAGCAUUGAUUAUAGUAAAUUUUGUUUAUGUGAUUCUAUAAUAUAAUUUCUCUAUUGUGUUUAUGAAAGACUAGGAUAGUAAUCAAAGGUUUUAAAUUUUUAUGUAAAAACAUUUCAGAUCUUUUUUUACUUUAUACAUGCAAUGAAUUUGCAAUCUGACUUUCUGCAGGCAAUGUUUUUGAAGAGCCAGUAAGAAAAGAUGUAGAUCUUGGAGUUUACAGUUUUUGUAUCUAUACAAAUUUUUACUGUUAUUUCCCCCUCCGUGUAUUUAAACAGUUGGUUCCAAGUUCUAAGGAAUUCAUGGGAAUGGGGCAUUUUAUGGAAUUAAGAAUGAAACUGUAGAGGAAUGAUACUAUACCUUUAAUAUUUGUUUAUCCCACUAUAAGUUCUACUUUGGAACCAAAUAGGAAAACAGAAGAAAUGAUCUACUUUUUCAAUGUGCCAUUCACUCCUCUGUUUAAAUUAGAAUUUCACUAAUGGAUCAAAUAUAUAGGCUAAUGUUUUCCUAGUUCAAAGGUAA